GGCGCUUAAGAAUUAUAAAAGGCUCCGAGCCUCCUCAACUAUUGCCCUUGAUUCUCAUCGUCCCAUUUGUAUCGAUUCCACGCAGAAAAUACGCGUUCUACCCUUCUUCAGCAGAUCAAAAUGCAUAACCGGCGUAGCAACACUGAACUGGCUUUAGUUCCUAUCGCCCCUAUUAACCCUGUUGCUGUUUUGAGUGACCGCGGAUCAAUCGCGGCAGCUAUUGCGGGCCUUCUUCCCGUGGUGAACGAGGGUUUUGUGCUUCUUAGAGACGUAUUCCUUGCUGACAGAAAGUCGCGCUUCUAUCUUGGGAGGAUCGAACUCCAAAGGACGAUCACGCAAGCUUGGGAAGAGACGUGGGUAGAUCCUCAUGGACUACCCGAGCAAGAGCUUCAGGGAUUUGCUGGAGCAAGACCACUUUUGGCUUGGGGAAUACUCCAGCAGCUGGUGCUCCUACUCCAGACGCUCACAAACCCAGAAAAGCUCAAGUCAAGAUACGGUAUUGUGGUUGAAAAGCUCGGCUCUCUGCAAAGAGCCGACGAUAUCGCUAUCGAGAUGAACAAUAUCUCGGAUUAUCUCUAUACCAUCGACAGCCGUUUCUCUUCAAAAGACCUGGGGAAAUUCGAAGAGUACCGACUCCGGCUCCUGGGACUUCUCCAGAGCAUUCGCUUCACCCUCUGGGGCGGGAGCUCCGAGAUGGAGGAGCUGAUAGAGCGAAUGAAGGAGUUUAAUCGGAACCUGCAGCUGUUCACCGCACCGGACACGAGAGAUGUCGUCCAGCGACUGGUUUUCCAGCUGGCCGUCAAGGACGUCGGGAGAGAUACGGACCGUACGAAGCGGUUGGAAGAGGCGGCAAGUUACGAGGCAAAGCAGUCGAUCGACCUUGGAGAAAGAGAAAGCUAUGAUGAUAUCGCAAAGUUUGUAAACUUCGGCAUGGCCAUCCAGGUCGCAGAUGCCAACAUGUCGGGCAAGAAGAUCUUCCGCCUCGACGACUUCUCUUUCGACGCCCCCUACUACCUCAACAAGCACGCCACCCUGGCUCGCCUUUUCGACUACCCUACCAAGUAUCAGUCCCGGCUGGUGCUUGUCGAAUGGGUGAGUGUCGGAAGGGGAGCCCCCAGCACCACCGACGCCAUCCUGGAAGCGCUGGACGAGACCAAGGUGACCUGGUACAUCUUGCACGCCGUGAAGCCCGAGAAGCUUUUCCUACCAGCCACCAUCGGGAUCAUCUUCGACGAGUCGAAUCCGGGAACCAUCGGGAUCGUCUUCCAGCUGCCGCCACAUAUCCGCGGAAACCUGCCCACGAAGCCCGUCCUCGGCAGACCCGGCCACCCCGGCGGGCGAGUUGUGCGCUCGCCCAAGACCAUCGCCGCGCAGCGGAUGCCCACCAACCUGCGGCAGCUCAUCCUCGAGCGCGAGCCCAAGGGCAUCGACCUGGGAAUCCGCUUCCAACUCGCCAAGCGGCUCCUCGACGCCGUCUACCUGAUGCACACCGCCAGGUUCACCCACGGAACAAUCCGCCCCGACACAAUCCUCCUCUUCCCCUCCACCCUCCCCCCAACCAGCAAUGACCCCAACACCGACCCCGACCCAGACCCCACCACCCUCGACUACAGCACCCCCCUCCUAACCGGCUUCCACAACGCGCCCCUCUGCACCGCCCACACCCCCCCACCCCCGCCCACCCCAACCUGGACCCAACCCGAAGGCCUCAAACCCAUCCUCAAGAAACCGCACCGCCCUCCCCCCCAGCCCGAACCGCGCGAGGUGCUGCUCGAUUGCUACGCGCAUCCGGAGUAUCGGCUAAACACCAUGGCGGGGCGGCGCGGGAGUUUGGGAAGGGGGGGAUUUUCGCGAGUGUAUGAUCUGUAUGGGGUGGGGUGUGUUCUGCUGGAGUUGGGGUUGUGGGAGACGCUGGAUCGGGUUGGUGGCGGGGAGGUGGCGGGGAGGGCGCCGGUUGUUGGUGCCGGUGGUGUUAUUGGGGGUGGGGGGGUUGGGGAGGAGGGGGUGUGGAUGGAUGUGGAGACGGUGAGGAGGGCGGCGAGGGGGUUGGAUGUUAUUACUGGGUCGGUUUAUGCAGAGGUUACGAGGAUGUGUCUGUCGACGGCCCCCAUCCCAGGGGAUGUCUUGGAGUAUGAGAGGCGGCUGGCAGCCAUGUUGGCUCAAAUUGCGGCGUGAUGUGGGGAGGUUUGGUUGACUUUUUAGAGCACUGUAGGGUUUUAACUACAGUUGUGUUGGAGGAAGACGGAAGACAAGAU